AUGGAGGAAGAGAGAGAAGACAGGCUGUUUCAAGCGGUCUGUGGCAAAGAUGGGGACGAGACUGGGAGAUUGGAAUUGGAGGACCGGAAAGAGAGUGAAGACCAUCUGUUUUGUGACAGUGAAGAAGUGAUACACACUACAGAGGGUGUGGACUGGGAAGACAGAGAUGUUCCGGGAGCAUUGGUUGGAAAUGUGGUACACGCACGGAUGACCAGUCCUCUGCGCCUGUUUGUUAAGCAACCUCCAGGUCCAAAACCUGCAUACACAGACAGCAUGGAAAACUUUUGGGAUUGGCUGGCCAACAUCACGGAGAUUCAGGAGCCACUGGCAAGAACUAAAAGACGGCCAAUAGUGAAAACAGGAAAAUUUAAGAAAAUGUUUGGCUGGGGUGACUUCCAUUCUAACAUUAAGACCGUUAAACUUAACCUGCUCAUCACGGGGAAAAUUGUUGAUCAUGGAAAUGGAACGUUCAGUGUUUAUUUCCGACACAAUUCAACAGGCCUGGGCAAUGUUUCAGUGAGCUUGGUACCUCCUUCUAAAAUAGUGGAAUUUGAAGUAUCCCCCCAGUCUACCCUGGAGACCAAGGAAUCCAAAGCUUUCAACUGCCGUAUUGAGUAUGAAAAAACAGAUAGGGCAAAGAAGACGGCUCUGUGCAAUUUCGACCCUUCCAAGAUCUGCUACCAGGAGCAGACACAGAGCCAUGUGUCCUGGUUAUGUUCCAAACCCUUUAAGGUUAUCUGCAUUUACAUUGCUUUUUACAGUGUUGAUUAUAAACUUGUGCAAAAGGUUUGUCCUGACUACAAUUACCAUAGUGAGACGCCAUACCUUUCUUCUGGAUGAAUCUUUUCUCAGUAGUAGAAAUGAAAUACUCAUGCCAAUUUACCUAAAAUGCCCAAGAAACCACCCCAGCUCUCCAUGGAAAAAUAUCCUUUUUAUUUCUGACAGUGGACUACAAUUCCUUGUCCAGUUUUCAAAUAUAUUCAAAUAUGGAGUGCAUUUGUUUUGGGGAUAAGCACCUUUAUCAAAAAAGUCAAACUGAUUGUGAAACUGUCAUUUUCAUGGGAGAUGGUAACAUUCUGGAAAUGCUGCUUCUCUGUAAGAAGCAUCAGUAGUAGCCAUGUGUGAAGGAAGGAACUGAAUUGUGUGCGUGAUAAGCAUUGCUCUUCAAGUGAGCCUGCUGUUGGUUCAGCCAAGUAACUGAAAGGUGGUAUUUAAUAGAAGAAUUGUGCUUCUGGUGUCAAACCCUUUUCUAAAUCUCCUGUCUCUUCAUAUUGGUGCCAGUUUUAAUGGCUGUGACUUCACAGGAGAACAAACACAUUACCACGUGGGCAGUUAAGUAGAAUGUGGUCAAAGCACUUUGCCUUUAUGAUUUCCGUUUGAGUCAUAGUGUGACAUACCAUUUGGGUAUUAGAUAAGCAAAUGUGGGUCUAAAUCAGCUCAACAAUAAUGAAGAUAACAAUGUUUUCAAACACUUUCAUGCCAAGAGAUUGUUUUCUAAAGUUCUAUGCACAUUAACAUUUAGGACUUCAUUCCAUUCAUUUGGUAAUCGGAUUUUAUAUACAUUUAUGGAACAGUUCUGAAAUCAAAAGAAAGUGUUUCUGGGGAGAAAAUUCCAGUCAUGGGCUCAUUAUUUGUAGCCCCUCAGAUUAGGCUUUCUUUUGUGUGUGUUUAGGUAAUCACUAAAUUGAGAAUAAGAAAUUUCUGUGGAAAUAUGAGUUAUAAUUGGCUAUUUCUAAAUGUUAAAUGCUGAUACCUACAAUGUCCAUAGCCCUGGGCUUUAGAAAUUACUUUACUCUCAGUGCCCUCAUCUUCUACAAGAGUUGGGUGGCCAUCUUUAUGAUGUAAUUUGACGUUGUGUGAGAAGAGGCAAAAUGAUGAAAGCUUUUAGGGCUCCAGACGUGUGAUUACCCUCCCUGUAGUAGAUGUUAACUUCUCUCUCACUUCUCAUCUGUACAAAAUCAACUGAAUAAAAUACUGAAAGAGGGCUCAUGGAAGGUAAGUUAUAACCAACAAAUAUGCUCUUAUCACCCUGUUCAGAAAGCCAGCAGCUCUGUUCUCUAUUUCACAUUUCUAUUCUGUUCUUUUCCUGGUGAUAUCUGCAGUGUCUUGUUUUGUUGUUUGUACAAGUUGUGCUCCGUUUAGUGUGUGGUUGUCUAUGCUUGAAGCUUGUCCUUUGAGCUCACUGGGUGCUUUGGUAAUUUUGUGGUUGGUGAAUAAUAUUUUGAGACAUCAGUUUAUGUUCAUCUAGAAAUCUGAGUAAAAUACUAUUUAUUGUAAAAUAUGUGGGUAAUAUAUACUUAGGAUUUUCUGCGU